CAAUGAAGUCUCGCCUCUUAAUGCACAAAACCAAUUGAGGGACAGACAUUGGCCCCGCUUUGGUUUGCGGUCUGUGCUUGCAUAUUUUGAGUUGUGAAAAAGUUAGUGGGUGCCGAAGCUGAUCUGUCGCUUCCAGCACCCCAGUUAGGAAGGAACUUUAGCGACGCCAUUGCCCUGCAAGUCUUCUGCCCAUUUCCUCCAAAGCCUGGGUUACGUGGUUUCCAAGAGAAGGAAUGUCUUUGCCCUCUCCACGGCCCCUGGAGCCAGUGGACACACCUCCAAUCAGGUUUCCCUAAUAUCCUUAUUUACUGAGCAUCCUCCAAAUGGUCUUCCUCCCUUCUUACAAAUCUUCCUUCCCGGUGAACUGAUCCACAAGUUUGGAAACUUUUAGAACAGCCAGGAGUCCCCAGUUUUCUGCUGUGUCCAGUUGUCCCUUCGCUGCACAUGGCUACAGCAGCUACCAAUCCCAGUUCACCUCUCCGGCCAGAGGACCUCCUGAGCGAUUCAUCAGAGCCUCCUGGGUUGAACCAGGUGUCCUCGGAGGUCACCUCCACUUCCUUGCAUCUCAACCCUCAGGCAGAGGCCACAGCCCGAGCCCAGCUGUAUUUAGCUUCCACCUCCUCACCGCCUAAUGAGGGCUUGGAUAGCUUGGCUCAAGAGCUGAGUCGCAGCUUGUCGGUUGGACUGGAGAACAACUUGAAGAAAAAGGAUGGGUCUAAGCAUAUCUUUGAGAUGGAAAGUGUUCGAGGUCAGCUCCAGACCAUGCUUCAUACCUCACGUGACACCACCUACCGGGAUCCCCUCAUUCCAGGGACUGGCUCAGAGAGACGGGAAGAGGACUCCUUUGACAGUGACAGCACAGCUACCUUGCUCAACACCCGGCCUCUGCAAGACCUAUCUCCAUCCAGCUCAGCCCAGGCAUUGGAAGAGUUGUUUCCCCGCUAUACCAGCCUUCGACCAGGGGCCCCGGCCAACCCCCCAGACUUUCAGGGGCUGAGAGAUGCACUGGACUCAGAGCUUACCCGCCGCAAGCAUUGUGAGCGUCACAUUCAGAGCCUGCAGACUCGAGUGCUAGAGUUGCAACAACAACUCGCUGUGGCUGUGGCUGCUGGCCCCAAGAAGGAUAUCAUGAUUGAACAACUAGAUAAGACCCUGGCUCGAGUGGUGGAGGGCUGGAAUCGGCAUGAGGCUGAGCGAACAGAGGUGCUGCGGGGACUUCAGGAGGAGCGCCAGGCAGCAGAACUCACCAGAAGCAAGCAGCAGGAGGCAGUAACCCGCCUGGAACAAAGCCUUUCUGAGGCCAUGGAAGCCCUGACUCGUGAGCAGGAGGGAACCAGACUGCAGCAGAGGGACAGAGAGGCACUGGAGGAAGAAAGGCAAGCUCUGACCCUGAGGUUGGAGGUGGAACAGCAGCAGUGCCGGGCCCUCCAGGAAGAGCAGGAGGAGGCGAGGGCUGGGCAGCUCAAUGAGCACUGCAAGCUAGAAGCCCUUCAAGUUGCUCUAGAAGAGGAAAGGCAGGCCUGGACCCAGCAGGAACACCAGCUGAAGAAACACCUCCAGGCACUACAAGAGGAAGGCCAGGCUCAGCUGGAAAGAGAGAAGGGGAACAGCCAGAGGGAGGCCCAGGCAGCCCGGGAGGCCCAGCAGCAGUCGGUGCUGCUACAGUCUGAGGUACGGCGGCUGGAAGGGGAGCUGGACACAGUCCGGAGAGAGAGAGACGCACUGCAGCUGGAGAUGAGCUUGGUCCAGGCCCGGUAUGAGAGCCAGCGGAUCCAGAUGGAGUCAGAGCUGGCUGUACAGCUGGAGCAGCGAGUGACCGAGCGCCUGGCAGAGGCUCAAGAGAACAGCCUGCGGCAGGCUGCCUCCCUCAGGGACCAUCACAGGAAGCAGCUACAGGAACUCAGUGGACAGCACCAGCAGGAACUGGCCACCCAGCUGGCUCAGUUCAAGGUGGAAAUGGCUGAACGGGAGGAACGGCAGCAGCAAGUGGCUCAGGACUAUGAGCUCAGACUAGCAAGGGAGCAAGCUCGAGUGCGUGACCUGAAGAGUGGCAACCAGCAGCUGGAGGAGCAGCGGGUGGAGCUGGUAGAGAGGCUCCAAGCCAUGCUGCAGGCCCACUGGGAUGAGGUCAACCAGCUGCUCAGCACCACGCUCCUGCCUCCCAACCCUCAGCCUCUAGUCCUGGGGCUCUGGAGCCAGAGAAGGGGGAGAGGAGGCUCUGGGCCAUGCCUCCAAUGGCUGUGGCCCUGAAACCUGUGUUGCAGCAAAGCCGAGAAGUGAGGGAUGAUCUGCCUGGAGCAUCUUCUGUUCUCCGUAGUGCCUCCCCAGAUCUUAGCCUCCUGCUGGGACCCUCUUUCCAGAGCCAGAGCUCCUUCCAGCCCCUGGAGCCCAAGCCUGAUCUGGCUCCACCCACAGCUGGACCCUUCUCUGUAUUGGAGGCCUUCACUGCUGACCACAGGGCAGAGCGACCAUUUCCUGAGGAAGACCCUGGAUCUGAUGGUGAUGGCUCCCUAAAACCAGGGCUGCCACCUGCUUCUCAGCUGGAAGGCCUUAAGAAUUUUUUGCAGCAGCUGCUGGAGACAGUGCCACAGAGCAGUGAAAACCCCUCUGUUGACCUGUUGCCCCCUAAGUCUGGACUGAUGGUCAAGGGGAACUUAUCCCCAGAAGAAACACAAACUUUAAAUACUGAGUAUUUUUAAGAAAUAUAUUUGUUAUUUCCUAUCAGGAACUAUAUGGAAUCUUUGAGGCUGGUGUGUGACUAGAAGUAUGAGUGGCUGAGGCUCAGUGUGUACUUACAGUAGAUAGCAUGUCAAUAGCAGAAUUAUGAGUGACUCUUCUUUUUUAUACAUUUUGUAUUUUCUAAAAUAAGUAUGUAUUACUUUAGUGAUCAAAACUUCCAAACUUUUAAUAAAAGAGUAAAUUAUUGUAUAAAA